AUGAUUUUUAUGCAAGAAAACAUAAAGGAAAAGAUAGAUUCCAUUGAUGCACUGAUGAGAAGAAUGAACGGAGAUGAAAGGGUUUCUGUGGUGGAUGUGUUGAAGGAGGAAAUACAUAAGCUCAGGCGACUUAAUGAGGAGUAUAAAAGGAUACUAGAUGCUAAGAGAGUGGUACAUAAGGAUCAGCUUCAGAACAAGAUAAGGUACUACUUGAAAGAUGGAUCAACUUAUGUUGUGAAGAGUAACCAGUACAGAUAUCUUUACGAUGCAAAAACUAAGGUUGUAACCUAUGAGUUUGCAAAUGGACAGAUUGAAAAAACUUUUCCAUCAGGAUUGAAAGAAAUCAGGCACCCGGAUGGAAGUAUCACGAUAAGAAAUGGGCCUAAUGAUCAUGAAUACAUUAAAUGA